CCCUAUUUCGGAAAUUAAAGGCCUAAAUAUCCUCAUCUAUCACGUGCUUCUUUUAUUCCCUUCUGAUUUUUCAUUUUUCUUCAUGCCUUCCAUCCCUCACAUAUCUACUCUGUAUAAGUAGAUACAGGGUCCUCCAGCUUCUUCACACCUUGUACUUGAAGCGCACAGUUACUUGCUCCAUUGUCCUCUUCCAUUUUCUCCCUUCUUCCCAGAAGCUAACAUGUCUUGGGUUCGACGGAACUUCAUUGGAAGAGGAAGCUUCUCCACUGUCCACCUAGCAGAACCCACCAGCAGUUCCUCUGAGAUUUCUUCUCCUACCGCCGUCAAAUCGUCCCAAGUUUUCUGCUGUUCUUUUCUCAAGAACGAGAAACAGGUUCUGGAUUGUCUUGGAUUUUGCCCACAGAUUGUGCAGUGUUUAGGGGAUGGGUACAGCUUAGAGAAUGGUGUCGAGUACUAUAAUUUGUUUUUGGAAUACGCUGCCGGCUGUAAUCUCUCGGACCACAUCAAGAAUCGGGGUGGUCGAUUGCCGGAGUCUGAUGUCCGAAGGUGCACGAUGUCGAUUGUCCAAGGAAUCCAGCAUAUACACGCGAAAGGCUUUGUUCACUGUGACAUCAAGCUUCAGAACAUUCUUCUGUUCGGCAAUGGAGAUGUCAAAAUUGCCGACUUCGGGCUAGCCAAGAAAACAGGGGAGGAAGAAGAAGAGCAGAGCAGGGAAGAGAAACAGCGCGAGUUUAGGGGGACUCCUCUGUUCAUGUCACCGGAAUCGGUGAAAGACAACGUGUAUGACUCUCCGGCUGAUAUAUGGUCCCUCGGCUGUGCGGUGGUGGAGAUGGUGACCGGAAAACCCGCCUGGAAUAGCCCGAAAGGAUCGGAAUUGAAUAAUAUAUAUUCACUGUUGCUUCGAAUUGGGGUGGGAGACGAAUUGCCGGAAAUUCCCGACAAAUUAUCAGAAGACGGAAAGGAUUUUCUGAGGAAGUGUUUGGUGAAGGAUCCUGCGAAGAGAUGGACGGCGGAGAUGCUUUUGAAGCAUCCCUUCAUAAAGCAGAGCGACGAAGAAUCGUCGCCGAGAAGCCACUUCGAUUUUCCAGAUUGGGUUUCGAGCCCAAGUACUUUUGCUCCGAAUUCGCCGGAAUCCGACCAAUGGUGUGAAUGGAAAUUUGAUUCGUCAUCGUGUGUCGCCAGUUUCUGUUCGCCGGUUGAUCGACUCCGACAAAUGGUGACGGAUGAGCGACCCAAUUGGUUGGAAUUGGAAUCUGAAAAUUGGGAGGUUGUUAGGUGAAAAUAGAAUAUCAGAGCAAUGACGGAGGAGCAGAGCUCAACCUCGAAGCUAUCCGGAAAAUUUUUGAUAGCAUCAAAUCAGGUCUACCUCGAUUAUGAUUUUUGUUUGUUUUUUUUUUUUGGCCCCAAAACAUUCAUUCAGUGACACCAGUUGAGUUAAGGAUGUAAAUAUCAUAGGAUUAGGAUGUGAUGAGACUUGAUUUAAGAAUUUUCACCCGUCGUGUGUACAGAUAGAAACAUGCUCCAGGUUUUAACUGAUUAUAAUAUGCCACCAGUUUUGCGAUC